CAAGGCCGCUAUCAGUCUGCUUCGGGCAUCAAACGAAGGAGCUGCUGAUCAUCUCUCCUGACAAAGCCUGGAAGAAGGUGCAACCCUUGACUUUGGAAACUGUGCAUCAUGGCAGGACACCUGGUCGCUUGCCUGCUCCUCUCCCAAAUUGCCCUCGGAGCAGGAGAUUCGUAUCUGUCGGAGGCAGAGAGAAUCAUGAAAGUGACACCUGUAAUAGAUGGGCACAAUGACCUUCCCUGGCAGCUGCUCUUACAUUUCAACAACCAGAUCGCCAACAACCAGUUGGCAAACUUGACCCAGCUGAACAAGACGCACACUAACAUCCCAAAGCUGCGCCUAGGGCACGUGGGAGCACAGUUCUGGGCCGCCUAUGUUCCCUGCAAAACCCAGAACAAGGAUGCCGUAAAGCGAACCUUGGAACAGAUUGACGUCGUUCACCGCAUGUGCCAGCUCUACCCAGAGGCCUUUGAGUGUGUCACCAACAGCACAGGCAUCGAGAGGGCCUUUACUGCUGGCCGGGUGGCCAGCCUGAUUGGGGUGGAGGGUGGCCACUCCAUUGACAGCAGCAUGGCUGUCCUGCGCACCUUCUACCUGCUGGGCGUUCGAUACAUGACCCUGACCCACAGCUGCAACACUCCCUGGGCAGAUAACUGGUUAGUGGACACCAAUCAGGAAAACCCUGUCCAUCAUGGCCUGACCAAUUUUGGGAAGAAAGUGGUCAAGGAAAUGAACCGCCUGGGCAUGAUGGUGGACCUGGCCCAUGUCUCGGUGGAGACCAUGAACGCGGCGCUGGACAUCUCCGAGGCCCCAGUGGUCUUCAGCCAUUCCUCUGCCUAUGCCAUUUGCAAACAUAAGCGCAAUGUGCCAGACGAGGUGCUUCUCAAAGUGAAUAAGACCAACAGCCUCGUGAUGGUGAACUUCUAUAACGACUAUGUUUCCUGCAGUCAUGACGCCACGCUCUCGCAGGUAGCAGAUCAUUUGGACCACAUCAAACGCAUCGCUGGGCCAGGCGCCGUUGGCUUCGGAGGAGACUAUGAUGGUGUUUCCAGGCUCCCCGAUGGCCUGAAGGACGUCUCCGGAUACCCAAAAUUGGUGGCAGAGCUGCUGAGGCGGAACUGGACGGAGGACGAGGUCAAGGGCGCUUUGGCUGAUAACCUCCUGAGAGUUCUCCGGAGAGUGGAGCAGGUCCGGGAUGAGAAGGCCCAGAAAGCUGAUGACGAUCCCAUCGAUUUCAAGGCUAUCCAAGGGGAAUGCCGAACCGACUAUGGCUACUCAAACAAGGGUGACCAUCCCAGGCUCCGACCCAUCGGCCUCGUCUUCCUUCUCUCAUUCCUGUUUCUCCUCUAGGAAACCCGACAACUUAGUUGGCCUCAAAGGAGAGGAGGAGAUUUCCUGAAAACCUGUUCCAGACAUCAUGGCUGCAUGAGAUUCAGCCAAGCGAAUCCAAGUGUUUUGGACUUCAACUUCCACAACUCCUAACAGCCAGAAGGCUGUUAGGAGUUGUGGGAGUUGAAGUCCAAAACACCUGGAAGGCCGAAGUUUGCCCAUGCCUGAUCUACAGGACCAAGCUCUUAUAGCUCUAUCAGCUCUAUGGACCAAGCAAUAGCCAAUUCAACCCAUCCUCAGAUCAAAUGAGAUUUUAGUUAAUUAACCAGAGGAAGAUAGGACUGUAAUGAGUAAAAUUGGGCAACAUAAUAAAGGAUAAUUAUUACUAAGAGAACUGGCAGGGAAGGAGUGUAUAAACCUCUGUGACUUGGAACAGAGCAGAUGGGAGAAGGCGAAAUUUUAAACUGUGAUUUGCUGCUGUAUUGUAAUAUUGUAUACAGUAUAUUGUGGAAAUUUAAUAAAUCUAUUUUAGAA